AUGGCCAAUUCCACCAUGGUGACCAAGUUUCUCCUCAUGGGCUUUGCUGAUAAGCGGCAGCUGAGGCUCCUGCUCUCCGUGUUAUUCCUACUGAUGUACUGGGCCACCUUGUCAGGGAAUCUCCUCAUCGUCUUUGCCACCACUCUGGACCAGCACCUUCACAAGCCCAUGUACUUCUUCCUCAGGAACCUGUCCAUCUUAGACAUGUUCUAUGUUUCUGUCACUAUCCCCAAUGCCUGUGUCAACUCCCUCACUGACAACAGGGUCAUUUCAGUGACUGGCUGUGCAGCUCAGAUCUUCCUGUUUAUUUAUUGUGCAUUUGUGGAACUUCUGUUCCUCACCAUCAUGGCCCGUGACUGCUACAUGGCUAUCUGCCAGCCCCUCCACUACCCCGUCAUCAUGAACCACCAAUUCUGUGUCUGGACAACACUGGUCUCCUGGCUCAGUGGUCUCAUCUAUGCAGGUGUGCACACAGGUAACACAUUCCAGCUGUCCUUCUGUCAGUCCAACAUGGUCCACCAGUUCUUCUAUGAUGUUCCCUCUCUGCUGAGCCUCUCCUGCUCUGACACCUUCAACAACUUCUUAUUACUUAUUGUUUCUGCCAUUUUGAUUGGUUGUGGGUCUUUUACAUUUAUGACUGUGUCAUAUAUUUACAUAUUUUCCACUGUACUGAAGUUUCCAACCAAGGAGAGAGGCAGGGCCUUCUCCACCUGUGUCCCUCACAUCCUGGUGGUGUCCGUGUUCCUCAGCUCUAGCAGCUGUGUGUACCUAAGGCCUUCAGGGGCCUCUGACAUUCUCCAGGGAGUGAUUCUUACUAUACCUGGCAUUGUUCAAGUGCACAAUUUAACCAUUCAGAAUCCCUUUAUUGCCUUCCUGUCGUCCCUUGAGGUUUAUGAGGAGGACUGGAAGAGUGUAAUCUUGAUGCAAAUGUCUCCUGAACAGUCUACCCAGUGUCCUCCGAAUGACAAGGUUUUCCAUGUCAGCUGUCAGGCGCAGGCACAUUUCCCAGCCCGUGUGAGCACCUGGCACUCUUUGCUCUAA